AUGGCUCCCAAGGUUGCAAUCGUCUACUACUCCAUGUACGGCCACAUCCAGGCCUUGGCCGAGGCCGAGAAGAAGGGCAUUGAGUCCGCUGGUGGUGAGGCCGAGAUCUUCCAGAUCGCUGAGACCCUCAGCGAGGAAGUCCUGACCAAGAUGUACGCUCCUGCCAAGGCCAGCUACCCCAUUGCUGAGCCCUCUGACCUCCUUGCCUUCGACGCCGUUCUGUUCGGUAUCCCCACCCGUUACGGUAACUUCCCCGCUCAGUGGAAGACCUUCUGGGACAAGUCCGGUGGCAUUUGGGCCACUGGUGGCUUCUGGGGCAAGUACGCCGGUCUCUUCAUCUCCACCGGUACCCAGGGUGGUGGUCAGGAGUCCACUGCUCUUGCCUCCAUGAGCACCCUCACUCACCACGGCUUCAUCUACGUUCCUCUGGGCUACAAGACCGUCUUCGCCCAGCUGAGCAACUUGGACGAGAUCCACGGUGGUAGCCCCUGGGGUGCUGGUACCUUCGCUGGUGCCGACGGUUCCCGCAAGCCCUCCGCCCUUGAGAUCGAGAUUGCCACCGCUCAGGGCAAGGCUUUCUACGAGACCGUUUCCAAGGUCCAUACCGAGUCGAAGCCGGAAAGUUCGACUCCUGCUGCUGGGGCGGCCGCUCAAAAGACCGAGCAGCCUUCCAAGGCGCAGCAGGGUUCUCAGGAGCCUGCCAAAAAGGAAAAGAGCAAUGAGGGGCCAUGCGGUUUGCCCAAGAACUGUACCAUUCUUUGA